GCGCGUGAGCAUAAACAGCGAAGCGUGUUCCAUAACAUUUAUAGAUCUAACUUCUGUUAUUUCUGAGUACGGAAGGGUGCGUUUACCUGAAGUUUUACUCUUUAAAGCUAAAAUAUCAAAAUGUGCAACGACUGCGUGCAUAAACAGUAUCCAGACAGGGGAAACACGUGUCUGGAGAACGGCUCGUACCUGAUGAAUUACCAGGGCUGUGCCAACUGCCACCACAGAGACUUUGUGCUGAUCAGCAACAAGAGCACGGAGGACGAGGACGGAGAGGAGAUAGUUACAUACGAUCAUGUGUGCAAAAACUGUGAGCAUGUGAUUGCCCGGCACGAGUAUACCUUCUCUGUAGUGGAGGAGUAUCAGGAGUACACCAUGCUGUGUCUGCUGUGUGGGAAAGCAGAGGACUCCAUCAGUGUGCUGCCAGACGACCCCCGGCAAUCUGCCCUUUUCUAAACCUGCUAAAGAAACCUCUAAUAUAUAUGAACCUUUCUGACUGAGCUAGAACUAUUGUAAUAAUAUACAUUUAUCCUUUAUGCAAACUUGUCCCCAAGCCUGAAUUGUGUUACUAUGUUUUUAUAAUAUAAUCCCACUAAUGACCUCACAGAAACAAGGCCAUUGGUUCAACUGUGUAUAGUUUGCAUGUUCUCCUUGUGUCUGGGUGGGUCUCUUCAUGGAACAAUAGGUCAAAUCCUUGAACUAAACAUCUGGAGAUGGGCCCCUGCUCCUGACAAAAAGUCUUAGCAUUAAAGUGUAGGAUAGGAUGUGCUGAAGGUUCAAAAUUCAGAUUUGAUCAGUCGGUGAUUUAUGAUGAAUAUCUGUGUGAUUAUUAGGCUGUGAUUAUUGAGCCUUUUUAUUGUUACUCUAUUUCGGGAUUGAAUAUCACAAGAGUUUUCCAGACUUGAUAAAGGGCUGUAACCAUUACUGUAAGUAGUCCACUAGUCAGCAGUUAUUUCUUUCCCUGAACGCUGCCAGGCUGCUCCUCAGACGCUACAGGAGCUCGGUGAUGUCCUUCCACAGAUCAGGGAGGACAGCCCACAAGACUCCCUCCAUCGUCUCAUUAGGAGCAUGUCAUGACGUUGUCAAACCUGCAUACAAGCACAUUGGGGCCACAUGAGAUAUUGAGAAGCAUUUUGAGUUGCAGAAAUUAAAUUUUGGAAAAAUGGAUUAGGCUGCCACAUCAUUAUUUCACUUUGAUUUUCAGGGUGUCUAUAAAAUUAAGACAUCUGUGGCUGAAAAUUUGAUUUCCAUUAAAAGAGGUGGCAUCCUUUUGUUCCCAAGACUUUGCCUUGUCUGUAUUUGUAUAGAUAUCCAGCUUUUUUUUUCAUUAGUCAUUAGUCUCUGCAGAGACUCACUUGGUAGCUGCCAGCAUGUAAACCAAAUAAUGAUUAACUGCAUGAGUUUUUGGAAAUAAAUUCUUGGCUUUUCUAUUCAAAGAGUUCAUAUUACACUGUAAUGAUCUGUUACGUAGUUUCCUCACCACAUCAGGCCAAAAUUGUGUUUUGUUUCAUUUGCACAUUUAACACACAAACCCUGCAGUUCUUCUCUCAAACAGAAAACACUCCACACCAUACACCUAACUUGAAAAGUACCACUACAUGACAUGACAUGACAAGGUGGAACAGAGCAUUUUGAGCUUAGUUGAUGUAGACAGACUAAUACUAGUUUCUCAAACAUGUGAGAAUGAAACAAAACACAACUCCAGGUCUGUUUUUGAGGAGGGAACAACUUUAUAAACAUGGCUAACAGCUUAAAGUAAAUUUUGUGUAAUAAAGGACCUUUUAAAGCUUUC